CUUUCCGUCAUGCUGUGCGGUUGAGUUAACCUGCAGAAUUGAUGUGUAUAAAAAGAUCAAUCAACCCAAAAGCACGUAGAGCUGAUGCUUGCAGCUUCUCUCCCAGCACCAUCUACUCCUACUCCCGCGUCCUAUCAUGCUACAAAAGCUUUCCUUUUCGCGCCGAUAUAAAGCAGGACGCUUUGGCCAAGCUCGAGAAAUGGUUGGAUAUAUACGCUUUUACUGACUUGGCCAAGGAAGGAAGCGCUCUUUAUGGUCAGCCUGGUGUGGAUUUGAGAAAAGGGUUGCGUGAUAUUGCAGCUAGGAAAUACGACACGGAUUUUGCCUUCCAGAUGGAUCUUCAGAAUUUGUUUUGGAGGUUGAAUGAUGCUCAUACCCUCUAUAAACCUCAAUGCUACACUCAAGCAUUUUAUUUUAUCCAACCUUUUGCCUUCAUCCCUUCAUCUGACGAAAAGCUUACUGUCACCGAGCCAUGGUGGCUUGCCCCCUUCACUAUUUACAACUCCUCCACCUACCAAGAGCAUCUUGAUCGGUUUGGAAGGCGUUAUCAGGAUUGGCGAGUGUUGAGAAUUGACGGAACAGACGCUUUUUAUGCUUUGAGAAAGUAUGCCGAAAAUGAAGGCGGCGUAUUGAGGGAUGCUGAGGCAAGAUUUAUUCAAGCAGUCAACACCGGUCCACCUAAUAUGCCUACCUUCAUCUUUCGAAUGGAUGCCCCACCAAUGUCUCCCUCCACCCUAUACACCCUGCAAGACCCCAGAACUGGUAAAGUGGAAGAAAUAGAGGUUCCAUGGCUUGCUGUAUGUGGCUCUGAAACUGCAAUUACCAGCGGUGCAGAUUACUGGCUCCAAUUCUGCGAUCCAAAAACUCCCGUUCCUCAUGUUGAGGUCCCAUCUUACGAACCACCUUCUACGCACCAGCAUAAAAAUGGCCAUGGCAUUACACAUCCUCGUCUAUCUGCUCGUGACGAAAGUAACGAAGAAUUCAACUUCUCGCUGCCCACCGUACAAGAAUUCCUUGCCGAUAACACAAGGGGCGUCGUGAAUCCUGUUACCCUUGCGGUUCAAUUGGAUAAACAAACCUGGGGGCUCCAUAUCUCUACGUUUGAUGGCAGCGUAGAUGACAUAUUGAAAUGGGGGGACGAUUGGCUAAACCUCUUGAACCUCGCCAAGAACAACAGUUUGAAAAACUUAAUUCUGGACUUUUGUGGCAACGGAGGCGGAAAGAUUCUUUCCGGUUCUGCCCUUACUUUCUUUCUCAACCCGUCGGAAUAUGCUCCCCCGUCAGGCGGUCUUCCAUUAACGCCGACAACGCUGAAAUUGAUCGGCGAAGCGACCAACUCAUCGUCGUAUUUUUACAAAAACUUUUUUAGCGACUUGAAUGGAAAGAACAUGACUUUGGCGGAUAUGUGGAUGCCUACGUGGGACCGCCCACCCGGCACAUUUGUUCCGCGGAGCAGGAAGAUGUAUAUGAGAGAGGUUCUAUUACCAAGGAAUAAUGAAGAAAUACGUUCCGUUGCACCAAAGGAAAAAUACUUUAAUUUGGCGAUUGUCACCGACGGGUAUUGUAUUUCCACUUGCGCUAUUGUCACAAACCAACUUCGCGCACAGAACACUCCCAUAUACACCUUCACCCCUUUCCCUAACCGCGUAGAUCAAAAGUUCUCGUACUCGACUCACCCCGCUUCAGUUCUCGAUUCCACGUCCUUCCUAUCUCCCUCAGCUCCUGGCAACUUCUCCACUACUGCGCAGGUCCGAGCAGCCUGGUUUGAGCUGUACGAUGGCCGCGGCGAAAUAGCAGAGUUUAGCAGGUACGCCAGUGAUGGCAGUAUUUAUGUUCCGGCUGCAAAGAGUCGUGAAGAGAGAAUUGUGACACAGAUGGAAGCGUGGAGGGAGAGACCCGAAAAAGUUGGAUACCAAGUAAAGGUCUGA